CGCCCCCGCUGCCUCGGCGAUGCGGCACGACCCUCCGUGUCCCCCUCUGGGAAGCGUCCGGGUGCGCCCCUGACUCAAGAGGCGCCCCCAGGCUGUCUCGCGCGGCCCGUGCGGCCUCCAGGGCACCCUGCACGAGGCCCCGGGGGGCCCCCAGGGGCUCCGGGAUGGCGCGCCAGGCCGGGGGCGCCUCGAGAGCCGGGGAAAACCUUGUGGCAGACCCAGAAUGGAAGGUCGACGAGCUGCGGCACGCCGCGUCGCAGCAGGCCCACAGGAUCGGUGCCCUGGAGGCUCGGCUCGGGGGAGCGGCCCCUCCCGCGCAGCCGGCGCGGGGCGAGGCCGCGGGAGCGGAUGCCGCGCCUGCCGGCCUCCCGGGUGCGUCGGGGGAGUUCGUGCCCGUCGCGGUGUUCGACGCCUACAGGGAGGCUGUCGCGAGGGAGCUGCUGGCGCACCAGGAGGCUUACAGGGAGGCGCUGGAGGCCCGCGCGGGCGAGGCUGCGAGGAAGUUCGAGGCGCUCGCGAAGGAGCUCGUCAGCAAGCAGGACGCGCUGCUGGCGGCCAGGGGAGCCGAGGACCUCGCGGACCUCGUCGCGAGGCACAUGGGCAUGCACAGGGCCGAGGUGCAGAAGGAGAUCGCGCUGGUGCGCUCAGAGGCGCACGAAAAUCUGUCAAAGGCCUCCGGAAGUGUGGACGCCGAUAAGAAUUUCGUCUAUCCAGCUGCCCUUGUGACGACGAACGCCAAGCUCCAGGCCCUCGGCGCCAACGCGACGGAGUCCCUGGGCGCCCUGCGCCGCUCCCUGGACGUGCACCGGGACUCCGUCCGCGGGCAGCUCCUGCGGCUGGAGGCCGCGGCCGCGGAGGGCCUCGCCGCGCACCGGAACCUCUCGGCCGCGCUGGCGGCGCAGGGGGCGGAGGCCGCGGCGGCGUGGGCGGCGCAGCGCGCGGAG